GCGGACACUGAGCGGUCCCCUCUGAUUCCUUUUUUCACCCGGUGUCCGGGGACUUCCCAAGCAGCCUGAUGGGCCGGGCAGGCCGGGUGGGUCCCCUCCUCCCACCAUCGCCACCACCACCUAUUCCGAGGGUGACUGUGCUGCUGACGUCAGGCGACUUUUGGCUCAUUCCCUGGCACGGGGACUUUAUUUUCAUAACAGCAUGCAGUGCCGUGGAACUGGAAUAGGCGUGUCCUCUCCCCCUGACCCUCUCCCGCCCCUUGUCCCUCUGCUCACCCCCUCGCUCCCAGGCUCCCUCCCUCCGGCGACAGCAGCCUUUAUAACUGCUCGGCGCCGCGAGGGCUGGAUCGCCGCCCGCGGGCUCCCGCAGCACCGAGGGGCUCCCGCGCUGCCUCCGUCGCGUGGGACGCAGCGCCAAGUUCACGCGCCAGAGCGAAGGCACCAGGGACCAGAAUGGCCACAACCCCUGAUGGUUGCCGUUCGAGCCUGGAGUCCAGGUACCACAGGCUCUGUGAUAAAAAUGCAGCCUGGGGCAUCAUCCUGGAGGCGCUGGCCGGGGUCGGGGCUGUGACCUCGGUGGCCUUCGUGAUCACCCUCCUGGUCCUCAUCUGCAAGGUGCAGGACCCCAGCAGGCGCAAGGUGCUCCCCACCCAGCUCCUCUUCCUCCUGGGCGUGCUGGGCAUCUUUGGCCUCACCUUCGCCUUCAUCAUCCGACUCGACGGCGGCACUGGCCCCACGCGCUUCUUCCUAUUCGGUGUCUUCUUUUCCCUCUGCUUCUCCUGCCUCCUGGUUCAUGCCUUCAGCCUGACGCAGCUGGUCCGGGGGAGGAAGCCCCUCUCCCUGCUGGUGAUGCUGGGCCUGGCCGUGGGCUUCAGCCUGGUGCAGGACGUCAUUGCUGUCGAGUAUGUGGUCCUCACCAUGAACAGGACCAACGUCAACAUCUUCGCUGAGCUCCCCGCUCCGCGGCGCAACGAGGACUUUGUCAUGCUGCUCAUCUACGUCCUCUUCCUGAUGGCGCUGACCUUCCUCACGGCCUCUUGCAUCUUCAGUGGCUCCUUCAGUGGCUGGAAGAGGCACGGGGCCCACAUCUACCUCACCACGCUGCUCUCCAUGGCCAUCUGGGUGGUGUGGAUCACCCUGCUCUUGGUCCCUACCCCUGGCCCCCAGUGGGAUGACACCAUCCUCAGUUCAGCCUUGGUUGCCAGUGGCUGGGUUUUCCUGUUGGCUUAUAUUUUACCUGAGUUCCGGCUGCUCACAAAGCAACGGGACCCCAUGGACUAUCCUAUGGAGGAUGCUUUGUGUCAACCUCAGUUCAUGAAGAAGAGCUACGGUGUGGAGAACAGAGCUUACUCUCAAGAGGCAAUCACUCAAGGCACUGAAGAGACAGGCGACACGCUCUACGCCCCUUACUCCACCCACUUCCAGCUGCAGAAUCGAAACUCCCCAAAGGAUUUCUCCAUUCCGCGGGCCCAGACUCGAGCCAGCCCUUACAGUGACUACGAAGGAAGGAAAGAUGUCAGUUAACGACACGUCCUGAAGGGAGGGACGAGUGCAGCAAGUCAGCGGAGCCCGAUGGGGGUUUGUGGGAUGCGGGCUGAGUCCCGAGCCUUCUCAGGAAGCUGUCCAGAGCCUUACAGGAGGCCCGGCCGCCAUUCUUCUGUUCUGGAGUUGAAGCGGGCUGCCUGUCUCCAGUUCUCAGCAGCACGUGGGUCUUUCCCUUCACCCCACACUUAGGCUACGUCUCUCAAGGGGGAGUCUCAGGCCACUCGGGGUUAUCCUACCGUCCCUGUCAUUGUGUGUGUGACCAAGGCUCUGGUCAUCUGACCACACACUGGCUCGUUCAGCCUCAGAAGCCAACUCGUCCAACUCAAGGCUGGUUCUGCGAGGAUCGCUUGGCUCAGGGCAGAGCUGCACAUCUGAGCACACACAGCAGAAGCCUGUCUCUCAGCCCACCCUGCCCACAUCUACACUGGAAGCCGACUUACUGGCCUCUCCCUUGCCUGGACAGGAGAGGCUAAAAGUCACCCUAAAUUUGCUCAUCUCUGUGGUGCAGCCUAACAUAGGGUCCCCAGUGCCAAUUCGCAGAUCACCUCUCUCUUCUGGCACUGUCCCCAGACUUGUGUCAGCCCCCAAACUGCUCCCCCAGGAUUCUCCCUCCAGACCUCACCAGCGCAGACACGCCCAGUGUCUCUCUGCCAGGAGGACACGUGCCCUGUCUUGCUCUAAGUUCCCGCCACUGAUCCUUCUCCCAUCCUCAGCCUCUGUAAAUAGAUUUACCCAGGUUCAUCUCCUGCUUCCUGGAAGUGGGUAUUGUCUACAAACCAGGGUGUGUUCCUUGUAAAAUAAGUUAUUCACUGUUCUUCACUGGAGAUGCAAUAAAGGUGUGAAGGCAACUUUA